AUGACCGAAGCAAUUCCAGAGCCGACCAUACAUUUGUAUACAGCCCAGACUCCAAAUGGCAUCAAAGUGUCGAUGUUGCUGGAGGAAUUGGGACUGCCUUACAAGGUGACGGCCAUCGACUUGGCCAAAAACGUUCAGAAAGAGCCGUGGUUCCUUGACAUUAACCCUAAUGGACGCAUUCCUGCGCUCACUGACGUGCUGCCUAACGGCGAGCCUAUUCACAUCUUUGAGAGCGGCGCCAUCAUGCAGUAUCUUGUCGACCGUUAUGACACUGAGUACAAGGUUUCAUACCCACGGGGUACCAAAGAGUACUGGGAGAUGACUAGUUGGCUUUUCUGGCAGAUGGGUGGGCUAGGGCCCAUGCAAGGUCAGGCAAAUCACUUCUCAAGAUAUGCCCCUGAAAAGAUCCAGUACGGCAUCGACCGGUAUAGGAAUGAGACGCGACGUUUGUACCGAGUUAUGGACACACAGCUAAGCAAGUCAAAAUCGGGAUAUCUCGUCGGCGACCGCUGUACCAUCGCAGACCUUGCCUGCUGGGGUUGGGUUGCUGCGUCCCAUUGGGCUGGUGUUUCUCUUGACGAGUUUCCGCAUCUGAACGCCUGGCUUGAUCGUCUGCUGGCCCGGCCUGGUGUUGAAAAAGGCCGCCACGUUCCCAAACGGCACACAGUGCUAGACAUGCGUGGCAAGAGCGAGGAGGAGCUAGACCGUGAGGCUGAGAAAACUCGGGCCUGGAUCCAAGAAAGCAUGAAGGAAGAAGCGAAGAAGUGA